AGGUCCUCCCAUAACCUGACGGUAGGCGUGAGCGACGGCACGCACUAUAACUCGACCACAUUUAACAUCGAGGUCUACGACGUCAACGAUAAUGAGCCAAUUGUCAACCAGAACUACAUGGCCUCCAUCUACGAGAACAGUCCGUUGGGAACCAUCAUUGUGUCGGUCGAUGCCGUCGAUAGCGACCAGAACUCGGAACUCAGUUAUUAUAUACUGAGCGGCGAUCCGUACAAUCAGUUUGAGAUCCGGCAAAACGGCGAGAUUAUCGUGAAUAAGGCGUUGGACAGGGAGUCGAUCGAGAGGUACGACUUGGAGGUUGCGAUCACCGACGGAAGGUUUACCGCGAGAACGAUGGUUACGAUCGACAUACUGGACAUCAACGAUAACGGACCCAUUUGUCUGAAGUCAAAGUACGUGGAGUUAGUGAGCGAAGCGGUCCCUCCCGGGACAUACAUACUGACAGUGGAGGCCACGGAUGUCGAUGAUGGAGAUAACGCCAAACUGUAUUACUUUAUCUCCGGCGACCCGGAAAAGCACUUCACAAUUGAUCCGCAGUCGGGACACCUGAAGACUAAGGGUUUGCUGGACAGGGAAACUCGCGCCUCAUAUCUGUUUGAAGUGCACAUCAGCGAUGACAAGCGCCGGGACUGGACGUGUAAGAGUGAAGUGGAGAUACUGCUCAGUGAUGUGAACGACGAAUCGCCCAAAUUCUCCAACACUUACUACUCGGUCAACGUUCCCGAGGACUCGACGGUCGGCAUAAUCGUCGGCAAAGUGACGGCCACUGACGCCGACCUCGGCAUCAAUCGACGCGUCCGGUACGCCCUUCAGACGGCCGCCGGCGACGAGUUUGAGAUCGACGACAGGAAUGGUAUCAUUCGGUUGGCGAAGGCGUUGGACAGAGAGACCAAAUCGGCGUACAAUCUGACGCUCAAAGCCUACGAUUCGGGCGCUUCGCAGCUCUUCUCGACCGCCACUUUCGUGGUGAACGUGAUGGACAUCAACGACAACGCGCCUGAGUUUGAGAUGCAGUCCUACGCGACAAAUGUGUCCGAAAGCGCGCCCAUUGGCCACGAGGUGCUCAAAGUGUACGCCACGAGCCAAGACACCGGGAUUAACGCCGAGAUCAAGUACCACAUCGUGAGCGGCAACGAAAACGGCAGCUUCUCUAUACACCCCAAGUCGGGCAUCAUAUCUGUGGCCAAAGCGCUGGACUACGAGACGGUUCGCGAGUACUUCAUGACUGUGAGGGCCGAAGACGGCGGCAUACCGUCCCUCACGAGCGAAGCGCACGUAACCAUACGGGUGACGGAUCCCUCAGUUCGUGCAGCGCUCNCGGGCAUCAUAUCUGUGGCCAAAGCGCUGGACUACGAGACGGUUCGCGAGUACUUCAUGACUGUGAGGGCCGAAGACGGCGGCAUACCGUCCCUCACGAGCGAAGCGCACGUAACCAUACGGGUGACGGAUGUUAAUGAUAUCAGCCCUCAGUUCGUGCAGCGCUCGUACGAUAUUGUGAUCCGCGAGGACUCGGCGAUCGGCGACCGUAUUAUACAACUGGUGGCCAUCGACUCGGACUCGCCGGCCAACGCGAACCUCAGCUACUCGUUCACCGGCGGCGCCCAGACGUACAAAGAGUUUCACAUCGACCCGAUCACUGGCAUCGUAACUGUCGGCAAGACGUUGGACCGCGAGAUGAUCUCAUCCUAUAUUCUCGAAGCCGUUUGCGAUGAUAACGGAAACCCCAAACCCCUCUCAAACUCGGUGUUCGUGAACAUUGAGAUAUCCGACGCAAACGAUAAUCGACCGGAGGGCCGACCCGCCGGCCACUCGAUCGUCAACUUCAAUAUACAGGACGCCGACAGCGCCGCCAAUUCCGGGCCAUUCACUCUACGGCUGAUGUCCGGGGAUUCAAACGACAGCUUUGUUUUGGUGAACGGAGACACGUCUUUGCGGACCAACACUGUGUUCAACCAUUCAUUGCGAGCCAACUAUUCGCUGACAAUCCAAGCGACAGACUCGGGAACACCGGCCCUGAGCUCGACGACCGCUGUGCUCGUGUUGGUGACACAGGAACCCAGGAUUGCGCCCCAAUUGACGCACCUGUCGAUUGCGGUGAACUCUUUGGAACAAUUUCCCGGCGGAAUCGUCGGUCAGGUGUCGGCCACCGAUGACGACCCCUUCGAUAAACUCAGUUACGCCAUCACUCAGGAGGACGACAAACACCUGUUCUCCAUUGACUCGACGGACGGCACGUUAGUAGCCUUUCCCGGACUGGACGCCGGCAAGUAUAAGAUCAAUGUGACGGUCAGCGACGGCAAGUACGUGACGUACGGUUUGGUGGAUCUGGAGGUGACGGUCAUCACCGACGACAUGAUCGCCAACAGUGCGGUCGUGGAGUUGCGAUCGAUAUCCGCGAAGGAGUUCAUCACGAAUUACAAGAAGACAUUCAUCCGGGUCUUUAAGAACGUGUUCAACGUCCGCAUGAAAGACAUCGUGAUAAUCAGUAUUCAACCGACGGAUCACAAGAACCCACAGAACAGACUCCGCCGGAGUGACGACAAUCUGGGAGACAUUAGCGUACUGUUUGUCGUCGCGCGAAGUCGUGGCGGCUAUUACUCGAGACAAUGGAUCAAAACCAAAGUGGCGGAGAGUAAGAGCGGUAUUGAGAAGCAGUUGGGAAUACUUCUGGAGGACUUUGUGGUGAAGUCCGAGUGUCAGCACAUCCACUGUAAGCACGGCGAGUGUCGCGACGAACUCAUACUCAGCGAAAACGAUGUCAUCUCUAUUGUCGGCUCGAAACUCAGUUUCGUGUCCCCAUUUCACGAGCACCGGUACGGCUGCGCCUGCCAUCCGGGCUUCGGCGGGAAGCUGUGCGAAGUGAUCGUCAACGAGUGCGCCCGCAACCCGUGCCCCUCGUUCAAGGAGUGCCUGCCGGUGUCGUCCCCGUUGGGCUACCUGUGCCAGUGUCCGUUCGGCAAGUCGGGGCCCGUAUGCAACCAAAACGCCGAGACCUGUCACACCAGCGAUCGCGACGUCUCCUUUUGCUACGAAGAGCUCAAUCCGAUCUCAUUUCACGGCAACUCUUACGCCAGAUAUUCCUUCCACAAGAGGGUCGAGAAGAUAUCGCUCCGUUUUAAGAGCCAACAGCUGAGGGCCAACGUCUUCACGCAGAGCGGCGACAAGUCCUACAAUAUACUGGAGAUCGCCGGCGGAUACAUUCAGUACCGCUUCGACUGCGGCGACGGCGAGGGACUCAUCCGUAUCGAGAAUCUGGUGGUCAGUGACGGCAAAUGGCAUGAGAUUCUGGUGGAGCGCAAGAGCGACACGGCGUCGCUCACACUGGACCGCAAAUACCGGGGCGGAGGGUUCGCGCCCGGGAGCGCCCGCUGUCUCGACCUCAACGUCGACCUAUUCCUCGGCGGUUCAGUGAAGCCGCGCUCUAACGCCGUCGGCGGCGAAGAGAUUACGCUGGGAUUCGUCGGCUGCCUCGACAACAUCCUCAUCAAUGGUCAACAGAUACCGCUACACAUGGCGUCAGUAUCGUCGGCGGCGGUGCUCAAGACGCUGGCGAACGUGGAGUUUAGCUGUAAUUUCAGGCCCGACGUCGGUGUCUGUAAGUCGCAGCCGUGUCUGAACGGCGGGUCGUGUCAUAACCUCGUUAACGGGUCGUAUCAGUGCCAGUGCGUCGGCCCGAAGUACAGGGGCGUCAACUGCGAGAUCGACGUGAGUCCGUGCGAUACCAUUCCGUGCCUGAAUGGAGGGCUGUGUCGACACGACGAGGCCCUGUGCCGCACGGGGGUCGCCAACUGUUACAAAUGCGAGUGCGGCCCGAGUUUCACG